UCACGGUUGUCUCUCCUGUCUCCCUCCAUGUUGGUCACGGUAGCUCUAAGUGAGAUGCAGUGUUGGGAGGUGGAGCACAGGGUGAGCGAGGGUCUCCUGCACCGGGGCCAGCAGAUGCACGGGGCCCUGCCCAUCUCCUCGGGCCGGCGCUGGAACCUCAUCGUCUGGAUUCGAGCGUCGCAGGAGCGCAACAAGAUCUGCCCCAUGUGCAACCGCAGGCCGGAGCUGGUGGAGGGCGGGGGCUUCGCUGACGGCUUCACCAAACCCUGCAUCGCCCCACUGAACGCUGCAUGUGUGCUAACGUGACCCGAAAUACCCCCAGUUAACGGGAGGGAACCCCCAGUUAAUGGAAGAAAUUAGUAGUUGAAAGAACAGGGUAUGUGUCACUUUGGUAUUUAUGACAUGUUGAGUGAUUUUUAUGACCCCCCAUAAAACCUAAAUCCCUUUGAUGUGACAGGUGUCAGUGCACCUGUUGUAGUGCCCCCCUAAUAAACCAUUGUCUUCAUUCUUGUUAUGACUUGUUUGUUUAGCUGUUUAUUGUUUUAUUGCCCCCUAUAAUGUAUUGUUCUUAAAUAGGGGGGUCAUAAGACUUUAUUGACCGUUUGUCUGUGAACCUGUUGUAGUGUCCCCCCUAGUAAACCAUUGUUGUCAAUAUUUGUUUUAGGACUUAUUUGCUCACCUAUUGUUGUUGUAUUGUAUUGUCAUUUUCUAAAGUUGUCUAGUGGGGGGCUGAUAAUACUUUAUUGACCCUUUGUGGUAAUAUAUGUUUUUCUGACAUUUAAGGAUGUCUUUU